AGCUACUUCACCACAGUGCUACCUACCUAGCGCUGCACCAACCAACCAGUAGCCAAUUACGCAGCACUUGACCAUGGCGCCCAAGCAGCUCCCCGCGGUCCUCCUCGCCGCCUGCGCCCUCCUGGCCCUCGCCGCGCCGUUGCUCGCCGGCGACCCCGACAUGCUGCAGGACUUCUGCGUUGCCGACUACAAAUCCCUCGACGGCCCAUUGCGGAUGAACGGGUUCCCGUGUAAGAGGCCGGAGAACGUGACGGCCGACGACUUCUUCUCUACCGCGCUGGCACUCCCGGGCAACACCGGCAACCCGGUCGGCUCCGCGGUGACGGCGGCGAACGUGGAGAAGCUCCCGGGGCUCAACACGCUGGGCGUAUCCAUGUCCCGCGUGGACUACGCCCCGUGGGGCCUGAACCCGCCGCACACCCACCCGCGCGCCACUGAGAUCAUCUACGUGCUUGAGGGCUCCCUCGACGUCGGCUUCGUCACCACUGCCGGCAAGCUCUUCGCCCGCACCGUCUGCAAGGGCGAGCUCUUCGUCUUCCCCCGUGGCCUCGUCCACUACCAGAAGAACAACGGCGGCGUGCCGGCCAUGGCGAUCUCGGCAUUCAACAGUCAGCUUCCGGGCACGCAGUCCCUCGCGAUGGCGAUGUUCGGUUCCUCGCCACCGGUGCCCACGGACGUGCUGGCCAGGGCGCUCCAGAUCGACGGCGGCCUGGUGGAGGCCAUCAAGUCCAAGUUCCCGCCAAAGUAACUAGCCAUGCAUGCAUGAGGUUGGUUGGGUCGGCUCUACGUGCGUACGUGCUACCAAUAAUGACGAGGACCACGUAAAAAUGCAGUUUUAAUUCAUUUACUUGAACCUUUGUACUAUACGCUGAUUCCUUUGUGUCGGUGCAUGUUUAGUGAAAGGCCUCGUCAGUUCUACUGUUAUAAUUGUUCCUUUUUCUUCGUGAACUACUGGUGAUUAAUUUGUAUGUGUCCA